CUCGAUAUGCAAUAUUCAUUUAUAUGCAAAAAUCCACCUGUUUAGUGAGAUUACUUAUUCGCGACUCGACUCGUAUUAGCUAUUUUUUUUUUAAAUCGACGUGUGUAUUCUCUGAAAUCCGAACCUCGUACUAGACGAUUUAUAUGCAAAGAUGCAUCUCUCUUUACGAAUCGCGAGCAUAAUAGCUCUCCUAUUCUCAUCAUGUUCGGCAAUGGUUCGUUUCCAAGUGAAAAAUAAUCCUCAGAAUUUCAAACAAGUAAUCGACGAAAGCAUCUUUAAUUUCGGCCUAAACUUGAAUAAAUUGCUCGUCCAACACGCUGAUCAAGGAGAAAACGUGAUAUUUUCGCCAAUUGGCAUCUACGCUUCGUUAGCAUUGACUCAUCUGGGAUCGAAUGGUGAAACGAGGAAAGAAAUAGGCAACGUUAUGGGCUUACCGAGUGACUCGGAGAUAACUUAUAAAUUGCACGAAAAUCUGGGCGAUAUGUUUAAAAAUUUACAAAUCGGUGUCAACGCUAAUGUGAGCUUCGCCAACGGAAUAUUUCUACAAAAUGGACUCCAAUUGAAGACCAGCUUCCAAAACCAACUGAAAUCUUAUUACAAUAAUCAAUACGUAAAUGUGGAUUUCAACUCUCAAGACGUUAUCGAAAAAAUAAACAGCUGGUUCUCAGUCCACACUCACGAUAAAAUCCAACAUUUCUUCGAAGAAGGAAUACCUCACGAUACCAGACUUCUGUUGGCCAAUGCUCUAUGCUUCUGUAGCGAUUGGGAUCAAGUUUUCCCCACUGAAACAACUCAACAGGAAACUUUCGAAACAGGAACCGGCGACCACGAAUCGAUCAACAUGAUGCACAAGACAGACACAGUGCCUUACUACUACAACCAAGAAUACCACUUCGAAUCCGUAGCAAUCCCUUACAAACAAAGCGAAUACCUCAUGUACGUCAUCCUCCCCCAAGAAGGCCAAACAUUGAAAAACCUCAGCGAUAUUUUCACCUAUCAACAAAUCCAACAAAUCAUCAACGAAUCUACCUCGACCGUUGUCGACAUCAAAGUGCCUCAAAUCAAGAUCAAAACCAGCGAUAAAAUCAAACAAAUUUUACAACAACUCGGCCUCAAUCAAUUAUUCGAAACUCCCGACCUGAGCAACAUGAUCGAUCAAUCGAACCUGAAACUCAGCCAAGUGAGUUACUCGCUCGAAAUCCAGGUUGACGAACAAGGUACAGAUGUUUGCGCCGGAACCGCUCAACAGUACAAAGUACACGAUCAACAGGUACAAUUUGUCGACGCUCAGAAGCAAUUCUACUUGCAAAAGCCUUUCAUGUUCUUCGUUUAUCAUCCGGCUACCAAAUGCGUUCUAUUUUACGGCAAUGUUUAUCAACUUUCUCAGUAAGAUAACGAAUUUUUUUCCCUUUAAAUAGGUAGAGGUACUCAUUUUAUCGUCGAUCGAGUUGAAAUAUUAUUACGUUUUCGAACGUACCUAUACACAAUAAUAAUAAUAUAUUGAUAAAUUAUUCCUUCUUUCCCGUGUCCCCCUUCAUCACCUCCCCGAGUAUUGCGCUUACGCCAAAGUUUAAGCAUGUGAAGUGGCGAGGCGCAGUACUAUACAUAUUUACUGUAUGACGAUUCGUGUAAUGUAAUAAUAUUCAUUUCUAAAGUGUUAGGUUAUUAUCGUAAAAAUUCAAUUUUUCCGGUGAAAUUUUUUCGUCAUUUGUAAUUCUAAAACAAUAUUGCAACGUAAUAAAUACAUUAUUUUAAAAGCAUAAUAA